UCAACAAGAAGUAGCCUCGACACUGUAGGAAACUGGGAAACAUUGGACCUCUGCUUGUUGGACGACAAGGAGGAGGAGGUGUCUUGUCUGCCCGCCUGCUCUCGCUCUCUCUCUCUCUCUCUCCCUCUCUCAAUCAGCGAGGCUACUGCCACCAGAGCCAAGAGUUGCCGUUCCGCGCACCGAUGCCAAAACGCGCAGGAGGAGUCAGUGCCAAAGGGUCAUUUUAGCGCACCACUGCUGAAAUCGAAGGACUGUAGGGAAUCCUAGAAUAAACAGCAGCCAUUCGACCCUAGAUGAUAUAAUCAUAUCAUUAGAAUUAAGAAAGGGGGAAAGGGAAAGGAGCCAAAUAAGAGUCAAUACAUAUCACCGGUGGAGUGCGCCGUACUUUAUCUGUCACCACGGUCUCUGCAGAGGUGGGCUAUCCAGGAUUUUUUUUUAUUUUUAAUUUUUUCAAAAAGGUCAUUGCAAAAUAUUACCUACCUGCGCACAUAUCAGCUCAUCGGCCACUCAUUGCCAACUGCUUCCCAUAACUACACUUUGGCUUCCUCAAUCCAGGUGUUGCGUCCUCCUCCGACGCUGCCGGACAUUGUGGACAAACUGGUCUUCCAUCCUUAUUGCGCUCCUGUCCGACUCUUCACCUUCCGAACGCGCAUCAAAGUUGCAGCUGAAGAGUGUGAAUAGCAGCAUAGGGAUUAGGAGGAGGGAAAGUUGGUCUCCUGCGAUCCAGAGAGGACCGACACCACGGUCCAAGCCGACUCCAAGUGCCGUUCACCGGGCGAUGCCAGAGUAAAUGCCGGGGCAAUGUCCCGCCGCAAGCAGGUGAACCCGCAGCACUUAUCGUUGACGCACAGGGAGACAAUACAAGCAGAGGCCAAUCAUGAUUCAGGGGCGGGAUCUCCAUCUCCAGAGCUAUCCACCCCUAGCCCUCGAAGGGCAGGACCCGGGGAGCACGAUCUGCUGACCUGUGGCCAGUGCCAGACCAACUUCCCUCUCGGCGAUAUACUGGUCUUCAUCGAGCACAAGCGCCGUCUGUGCCGGGGCCCCGGGAGUAGACCCGGGUCAUUCUCCAAGCCUGGAGAGAGUGGCGGGAUCACGGGCAUUCCCAUUUCUCCCAGGGCCAGGUCACUGGACCUUGUUAGAGGGUCCAUUCCGGUGGAGGUGGGUGUCCAGGUGACCCCCGGAGGAGAAGAGGAUGAGGAGAGGAGGCUGACGCCGGCCAAGGGAAUCUGCCCCAAACAGGAGAGAGGAGAUAAAGAUGAGCCAUCCAGCUACAUCUGUACUACUUGUAAGCAGACCUUCACCAGCGCCUGGUUCCUGCUUCAACAUGCCCAGCACACUCAUGGCAUCCGCAUCUACCUGGACAACCACCCAGUCAACUGCUCCCUCACUCCCCGCAUGGCUCUGCCUCCACCCCCCGGUGCUGAUGCCCUGCCCCGUUCCCCUCUCCCCACUUUCCUCGGUGACGCCAACAACCCAUUCCACCUCCUCCGCAUGGCUGCACCCCUGCUCAGGGAACACCCCCCUCCUCCAGGGUACAUGGAGACCCGGCUGCCUGCAACGCCACCCUUUGUCAGCCCUCCACCUCCCCCAAGACCUCCUCUAGAGCGGCUAGGCCCAGAGGAGAUGGGGCUGCUGUCCCAGCACCCCAGUGCCUUUGAGAGGGUGAUGAGGAUGACCCCCAUGGAGCCUCCAUCCAUGGACUUCUCUCGACGUCUGAGGGAACUGGCAGGCAACACAACCAAUAAUGGGGGCCCCACACCCCCUCUGUCACCCAACCGUGUGCCCCCCAUGCACCGCCUGCUGAGUCCGACGCUUUUCCAGCCUGGCGCCAAGCCUCCGGCAUUCCUCACCUAUGCCCCACAGCCACCCACCUCUCAGGGGGGACAUGGUUCUUCCAGCCCUCCUGACACCCAGGGUCAGAACCAGGCCCCAGGGAAAGCCAAGUCCUGUGAGUUCUGUGGCAAGAUUUUCAAGUUCCAGAGCAACCUGAUUGUCCACAGGCGCAGUCACACAGGAGAGAGGCCGUACAAGUGUCAUCUGUGUGAUCACGCCUGUUCCCAGGCAAGCAAGCUUAAAAGGCACAUGAAGACACAUAUGCACAACAAGUCUGGGUCCAUGGCUGGCACACCAGAGCAGGGAAAUAGAGGAGAGGGAGGAGAGGGUGAAGAAAAGAGUAGGGAGGGAGAUUCAAGAGGGAUGGGGAUGGACAAUGAGGAGGAAGAAGAGGAAGAGGAGGAGGAGGAAGAGGAGGAAGAGGAGGAGGAAGAAGAACUGAGGAAUGGAAGUCGGCCAGAUUCCAACUUAAGUGAGGACUCACAGGAGUUCAGCCAGAACAGGGAGAACGGCCCAAGACAGUCUCCGGAUGACAAGCCCCUGAGCAGGGAUAGAGUAAGUGACAGUGGCGGGGUGGGGAUCAUGCAUCCGUACAACCAUGUGGACAAUCACCUUAGACUUAACCCUAAUAAGAGAAACCUGGAGAGACAACCGAACGGAGAUGGUGGAGAGAGGGGUGAAGCCGAAAGAGACAGAGAGAAUGAGAGGGAGCAGGACAGACAGCGAGAUGAGCAUGAGGACCAGAGGCCAGUGAUGAAUGGCAGAAUUAGUGUGUCUGAAGCAGACUCCUUCCCAGGGCUAUUCCAGCGUCGGCCCACCCCCAUCACCAGCCCAAGCCCCUCCAACAACAAGAGAAUCAAGAUUGAGAAGGAGCAGCUGGAGCUUCCCCCAACCAUACCCCUCAUCUCCCCGGAGAAUGUCUACUCUCAGCUUCUGGCUGGCUACGCAGCUUCACGCCACUUCAUCAGAGAACCCUUCUUGGGAUUCACCGAUUCUCGUCAGUCACCGUUCGCCACCUCUUCCGAGCACUCCUCUUCAGAAACAGGAAGCCUCCGCUUCUCCACCCCGCCUGGUGAGCUGAUGGAAGGUGGGAGUGCCUCGGGCCGUAGCGGCAGCAGCACUCCUCACCUCCUGCGGGGACCAGGACCAGGGAGGCCCCCGAGCUCCAAGGAGAGGAGGAAUGACACCUGCGAGUACUGCGGCAAGGUGUUCAAAAACUGCAGCAACCUGACGGUGCACCGACGCAGCCACACGGGGGAACGGCCCUACAAGUGUGACCUGUGCAGCUACGCCUGCGCCCAGAGCUCCAAGCUGACACGCCACAUGAAGACCCACGGGCAGUUUGGAAAAGAGGUGUACCGCUGCGACAUCUGCCACAUGCCCUUCAGUGUCUACAGCACACUGGAGAAACACAUGAAGAAAUGGCAUGGUGAACAUUUGAUGGCCAGUGAGGUCAAACUGGAGCAGGCGGACAGAGGUUAAGCCAGCAACCAUUAGUUAUACAGCCUACAAUGUACACACACACACACACACACACACACACACACACAAGCACACACAAGCACACACACACACACACACAAAUUCCCUAUAACCACUUCUUCAGCUAUGGGGCUUGGCUGGAUAAUCUCUCUCUUAAAAAAAAAAAAAAAAAAAAUUGAGACUGAUUGAUGUUCAUCUUUUUUU